AUGGACGGACAAACUAAAGUAUGGGAGGAAACCGAUUCUUACACUACCUUUUGUACUGCUCAUUUUGCGGAUGGAAAACCGUUGAUGAUACACUUUGCCGGUAUAGACUCCAGAAAAUUUCCUUUCUUUAAGACAUUGACAAGAGAUAAUAACGGUAACUGGGCAGAUUCCACAAAGAAGUACGGAGAGUUCCCAGAUGAUACAGUUCCAAAUGCUGAAUCAGCAACAGAAUUCUCUAUUGAUAUUUCGAAGAUGGAAGGUACUAACUUCAAGAUUGUGGAUGGAACAUUUGACGGAUUAGAGAGUCGUAUAUUCGUUCCCAUCUAUGGCUAUAAGGCAAAUGUAUUAAUGGAUGGCACAACAGGGAUUUGGAUGUCUCCAAAGGAGGGCAAAAAUUGCUACUGUUGUAGCAAGAGGACAACAAGGAGAAUUAUAUUUGUCAUGAUAAUGCCUAAAAACAAUCCAACACAGAUCCAUAUUCGAUUGAUUACAUCUACCGGGAACAUGAGGAAUGAGCGUUUUAUAAAACGCGGUAAAUUGUGGGACAUACAGCGAUGA